AUGGGAUUCCCAAUGGGAUAUACUGACUUAUUUCUUCCAAAGCUGUUAGUUUAUCUCCUUACAGUUCUGGGUUUCAUCAGAAAAUCAAUUACUACAGUUUUGUCUCAACUGGGCUUUGGGGAUUUUUUGGAAUCAGAAAUGGCGUAUCCGGAUUCCGGAUCGUCGGAGCAACCCAGGUCAGUAUCCGCGGUGCUGAUCCGGGAGCUUCUGCCUGUGGUGAAGUUUUCAGAUUUGAAUGAAUUUGAGCCGCCGGAAAACUGUGCUGUUUGCUUGUACGAGUUUAACGGUGACGAUGAGAUCCGACGGCUGACAAAUUGUCGACACAUAUUUCACAGGAAUUGUCUGGACCGGUGGAUGGACCACGAUCAUAAAACGUGCCCGCUUUGUAGAUCGCCCAAAUAA